UCUUCAGUAUUUCCAGGGCCUCGGUGUGUGUCUGUCUGUGUGUGUGUGUGUCUCUGUGUGUCUCUGUGUCCCCGUUCUCGGAGCCGUCCACAUCUCUUCUCUUCUCUCUCCCGCCCACCGUGCGCUCAAUAAAUUGAAUUUGCCGGGAGAGACGGAGGAAGAUGGCGGCCACUGACCGUUCCAGGUCCGAAGCUGCGAAGCAGCGACGGCAGGAUCAGCUGCGGCGGUGGCAGGGCUCGGAGACUGACCUCACCGCCGGCGCUGAAACGCGGAGUCGGGCUCUGAAGUCCGCCAAAGUGCGCUUCGCCCAGGGCGCCGUGUUUAUGGCCGCCUGCUCGUCCGGGGACCAGGACGAGGUCGCCGAGCUGCUGAGACAGGGAGCGGACAUCAACCACGCAAACGUGGACGGGCUCACAGCGCUGCACCAGGCUUGCAUUGACGAGAACGCUGAGAUGGUGCAGUUUCUUGUGGAGAGCGGUAGUGAUGUGAACCGAGGGGACAACGAGGGUUGGACACCCCUCCAUGCAGCUGCUUCCUGUGGCUUCAUCCAGAUCACCAAGUACCUGAUCGAGCACGGCGCACAGGUGGGAGCGGUGAACAGCGAGGGGGAACUUCCUUUGGAUGUGGCCACGGAGGAAGCCAUGGAAAGACUUCUAAAGGCAGAGAUCAAAAAACAGGGUGUGGACGUGGAGCAUGCGAGGAGAGAGGAGGAGCGAGUGAUGAUGCAGGAUGCCAUGAAUGUUUUGGCAGGAAGUGGUUCUCUGGUGCCUCAUCCCAACACUAAGGCAACGCCACUGCACGUAGCCGCAGCUAAAGGCUACAUCGAAGUGCUCAAGGUGUUACUGAAGUGCAAGUUGGAUGUGGACAGUAGGGACUGUGAUGGUUGGACCGCUCUGCAUGCCGCUGCUCACUGGGGGCAGGAGGAGGCGUGCGGUCUCCUCGUGGAUCAUAUGUGUGACAUGAACGCUGUCAACAACGUGGGUCAAACGGCUCUCGAUGUUGCCGACGAGAAUCUAGUGGACAAGUUGGAGGAGCUGCAAAAGAAGCAAAAUGCAAUGCGUAUAGAGAAACUGAAGAUCCAGAUGCCUGUUAUUGAAACCAGUCCACCCAUCUCUAUGGCACCAGUCCGUCCUCGCAGGACGUCCAUCUCUCGUAUGAGCAGCAAGGAGAAGAUCACGUUGCACGAGAGAGAGAAGCACCCCCCGCCGUCCGCCCUCCAGACUCCGCCCACGGAGGAAGAGGAGGAGGAGCAGCCGAACACCCAGAGCCGUCCAGGUGCACCGUCCAAAGCGUCCAGCAGCUCCAGCUCCGAGGAGGAGAGCGAAUCGGAGAGCGAUGCUGAAUCAGAAAAGGCAAAAACCAGGGAGUUGAUCAACAACUUGAACAACAAGCGCAACAGCGCUGCUCCUAUAACGAGCACGACCAGCAGCACCAGCACCACCGGCACCACCGGCACCAGCAGCACCAGCACAACAAACCAGGUUAAAAAGCCGGAGCCGACACGGCCUGCAGCGAGCGAGGCUCCCGGUUCGUGGAGGACGUCUCUGCGCAAAGCGGGCAGCUCGGUAACAUUGGGAACCUCAGGCGUGUCUGAUGCAGCCACGGAAAACCCACGGGGCACCGAAAACACCUCAAGCGUCGGGAUGUCCCGCUCUGCCUCCAGUCCGAGACUCAGCUCAGACACUGACACGAAGGAGCCCAGGUUAGCCCGAGUGCAGCCCACACCGUCCAGACGCCUGUUCAGCGUUGGAGACAGCAACACCACCGGUAGCACCGCAGACAACCCCAGCAGCUGGUUGAGCAGGAGCUCGUCAUACACACGAAGGCUGAACAGCCAGUCAGGCAGUGAGCCGGCAGCACAGAACCCUUCUUUACCUCGUAGCUCAUCUUAUGGAAGGAAACUCGAUGACCCCACACAGGGAACAUCUGGACUCAGUCGCCUCAACAGUAUAGUGGCUCAGAGGUUAGCUCAGGAAGAGUCCGAAAAGAAGGAACCCGUCUCCACGGCGACAACUACGACAGCAAGCGAGCAGGAGACGAAGCAGCGGAGGAGAUCAUAUCUUACCCCAGUACGUGAUGAAGAGGCUGAAGCUCAGAGGAAAGCUCGCUCCAGACACGCACGUCAGUCCAGACGCUCUACUCAGGGUGUUACACUUACUGACCUCCAGGAAGCAGAGAAGACAAUAAAGACUGAAAUCAAGGGAAAAGAGAGGACCAAAGAGGAAGAGGAGAAAGAAGCGAAGCAGAAGAAGGGAGAGGAAGGGGAGGUGAGUUGGAGGUCUCGUAUUGCGAACUUGCAGAAGUCGGAUCUGCUGGGACUCACUCACCCUCCUGGUGCACCUCGUCCUGCUGACAAGAGAGAUGCAGAGGAGGCUAUGGCUGAAAUUGAGGAGCGUGUGAGGGAGAGGAGGAGAGCGAGAGCUAGGAGGAGAGAAAGAUUAGGAGAGAGUGAAGAUAACGAGCCCAGCGCAGAGGACGAGAGCGGCGGUGGGCCGGACCUACAGACGGACAGAUAUAUUAGCAGCAGGUCUAAUCCAGCCCUCAAUGACUGUCUCAUGGCAGGGGGAUCAGAUGUUAAAGAUUAUAAAAGGUUGUUUGAGAAGUUGUCUAGGGAGAACACUCAGCUGCAGUCUCAGCUACAGGACACACUGAGGAGCGUGUCUGUGACUAGAAUGGAGCUGGAGAAAGCGACCCAGAGACAGGAGAGGUUCAGUGACUGCACCGCUCUUUUGGAGUUGGAGAAAAAGGAGAAGGGGAUGUUGGAGAGACGUGCAGCGGAGUUGGAGGAGGAGCUGAAAGUAUUGGGGGAUCUGAAAGCGGAUAACCAGAGGCUGAAGGACGAAAAUGGAGCGCUCAUCCGAGUGAUCAGCAAGCUCUCGAAAUAGACGACGAGAAAGCGCAAGAGAACGGAUGAGAAGGAGAACAGAAAAUAGACAGAGGCUCAGAGAGAGAGACAAUCCACCCCUUUCCCCACAUCCUCACAUCCUGUGCCAAAGAAUUAGUUGUGUGUGUGUGUGUGUGUGUGUGUGUGUGUGUGUGUGUGUGUGUGUGUGUGUGUGUGAAAGAGAACGAAGGAAUGAUGGAGCACUUCACUUUUUUUUUUUUAUUAUAUACAUAUAUAAAAAUGUGCACCGUUUAAACAAACUGCAUUUUGACCUGAUCCCUACCUGUCUGACCAAGGACGCACGUGUGUGUGUCUGUGUGUGUGUGUGUGUGUGUCUGUGUGUGUGUGUGUGUGUCUGUGUGUGUGUGUGUCUGUGUGUGUACACACAAUAAGCUACCCCGUAACACAUGCACAAUCAGUAUGACCUGCAUUUGCCCAUAUGUUCAGGAGACUAGUUGGAAAUGAUGUAUGCGCACACUUGGCCAGCUUACACACACACACACACACACACACACACACACACAGGUGUUCACAUGAGUGCCACACGCAUUCCACACCUCUCAGGCUCUUUUAGGUCUGCAGUAAUUUUGCACUUUGCAUAUACUUCUCUCUCUCUCUCUCUCUCUCUCUCUCUCUCUCUCUCACUCACGCACACACACACGCGCACACACACACACACACACAUGCUGAUUUAGUCUCUUCUUAUGCGAGUUGCCAAUUCUAUGACCACUUUGUUAGCCAGUAGUGGCUGAAAGUAUAGCCACACAACACUACGAUCAAUAACGAGACCAGUACACUUCUCUCUCUCUCUCACACACACACACACACACACACACACACACACACACGAACAGUUGUGCACAAGCCUAUCAUGCUAUGCAUUGUGUAUUUUCCUUCACGUAUUGAUAUAAAGGUGAAGAAAUAGAAUAAUUGUUUUCAUGUGUUUGCGUGUGCAUCAGUUCCUCGCACCUGUUAUUCGGGGACGAGGAUGGUAACUUUGUUUAUUAUAUAAAUGGACAAAUAUUAUUCCCUUAAAAUAAUAAUGUCAUCAAAAGUAACGUGAUACCCAUGUGUUUUUAAUAUAUGUGUAUAUACAUAUAUGUGUAUAUACAUUAUAUAUAUAUAUAAACAAAUGAAUUUCAGCACUUAAUAAAAGGUUGUGUGUA